AUGCUGAUGAGAUCAAUUUUAUCUCUGAAGGAAAUCUUCGUUGUUAAUGAAUCUUCAUUAGAUUCGAUUCCUCCUGUCAAGAAAAAUAAUGCUAAAAUUCUGAAAGAAGCAUGGUUCUGGACAUCUAUGCAAUAUCAGAGUUGCGCCUUAACAAAAGAAUAUUUAUUAACCAAUUUAAAUGUGACCAACACACCUACCUCUGCUCGUGUAAUGUCAUCUACGUUGACACUAAGUUCUUCUUCUCGUGCACGCAAAAGAAAAAGGCAUUUAGACCGUUUGGGUUCUUUGCUAAGGCCUAGUCCAACACCUGUAGCAACUAUUGGAGAAACAUCACCAACCAAUAGUUCAGGGCCGUCAAAACGACGGUCAUCAGCUGCCAACACCCUUGAUGGCCUAAGGUUGUCAUGUGGAUCAUUUUUAAAUUUCACAAACAGCCCAGAUCAUCCAUCACCUUUUAAACUCCCAAAAGAUCCAGAUAUAGUUAUAAAAGAUAAACCAUUUAGUCCACGAUAUCAAGUUUUCUCUGAAUUAUUACAGACUGAGAUUAACUAUGUGGGAGUGUUAAAGACAAUAAUUACUGUGUACAAAGAACCAUUAGAAGAAAUGAUAGACAAAGAAGACUGUUUGCUUAAUAAUACUGAAAUUAAAAUUAUUUUUGGAAAUGUUUUACCUAUUUAUCAAGUGCAUCAAGAAAUGUUAGAAGAGCUCAAAUGCCUUGCUACAUCAUGGCAAGAAGAUAGUAGUAUAGGCAGUGUUUUUCUCUAAUAUG